GCGGUAGUGCGGAGUGCGCGGGCCGCCGCCGAGAGGAGCAGCGUGGAUUACGCUGUGGAUUACGCCGGGAGCUGCGACUCGGACCGAUCCAGUGACGACGACGGGGACAACGCCGGCCCGGUCACCGCUUCCCAGGCCGGCCGGGUCCACGCCAUGGAGCGCGCAGCGUGGCCGUUGAAGGCGCGGGGUGCGCCAUGACGGGGCCCACUGCUGGCAGGCCGGGCGGCGGCCGUCGCGGCUCGGCACCGCUGCCCGUCCAGCGGAGGGCGUCGCUGUCGCCCCAGCCGCCGGGCGUGUCGGCGCCCACGUCGCUGGGGCCGUCGCCCAAACAGUCGCCGAGGCCCUCGGUCGAAGGCUCGCCCAAGGAGUCGCCGCCGCCGGCCGAGCAGGACGGCCCGCCGUCUCCCGCUCAGUCGACGACCUCGGCGCUGGCCACGCUGCAGGACCCCGCCGCCGCUGCAGCCGAACCCAAGCAGCGAACAAUAUGUGCCACAGCCGGCGGAGGGCCGAGCAACCUGGCGGUGACCGUGGCUGCGGCAUCAGCCCCGUCGCCUCGCACGUCGCGGCGCCGACGGGCCCCAUCGCGCCUCUCCACAGAGCUCCCGGCAGGGGUGACGUUAGGCCGACGCAGAGCCGUCACGACCUCGGACCACAAGACCUGUGCACUGCUGCAUACCAGGCUCAAGGGGAUCCGCCUCGAGGAUAUCGCGCUGUCGGCGCUGUCGGCGGAAAGCGGCGGUGAGCGCGGCCUGUUGAGGGCCCCGGAGACGAGCGGCGCGCUGGGCGGCCAUGGGAGCGGCGCCCUGAGGACCGAGCCCGGCAUGGCCAGGCGCAAGGCCCUCGACCCGCGGGCCAGGGGGCCUUCUUCGCUCUUCCUCCUCUCCGAGGACAACCUGCUGCGACGAUAUACCAAAUUCUUCAUCGAGUGGCCUCCGCUCGAGUACGCCGUGCUGCUCACCAUCAUCGCCAACUGCAUCGUGCUGGCGCUCGAAGAGCACCUGCCCAAAGGCGACCGGACGCCGCUCGCCCAGAAGCUGGAAAAAACGGAGCCUUACUUUCUAGGUAUCUUCUGCGUAGAAGCCCUAUUGAAAAUUGUAGCCUUAGGAUUUAUACUGCAUCGCGGAGCGUACCUCCGCAACAUUUGGAAUAUCAUGGACUUCGUGGUUGUCGUCACGGGGUUUGUUACCUACUUUGUACCGGAGGAUUUAGAUUUAGAUCUCAGAACCUUGAGAGCCAUCAGGGUGCUUCGACCCUUGAAGCUGGUCUCCGGAAUCCCAAGCCUUCAAGUAGUGUUGAAGUCCAUCAUCAAAGCCAUGGCGCCAUUGCUUCAAAUAGGACUUCUUGUUCUCUUUGCCAUCGUUAUAUUUGCCAUUAUUGGCCUUGAAUUUUACAGCGGUGCUUUACACAAAACAUGCUACAGUUUAGAAGAUGCAAACGAGAUCGUUCCGGAGGGCGAGCAGGAGACGCCUUGCUACCAGGACUCUCCGUUAAACUCGUCGCAUCCUUCCGGGGCGUACAUUUGCGACCACAACGUCUCCAUGUGCAAGGAGGGCUGGAUCGGCCCUAACUACGGCAUCACUAGCUUUGACAACAUCUUUUUCGCCAUGUUAACUGUUUUUCAAUGCAUCACCAUGGAGGGUUGGACGGCCAUUUUGUACUGGACAAAUGAUGCCUUGGGUAACUCAUUUAACUGGGUGUAUUUCGUACCUCUCAUCAUCCUGGGAUCCUUUUUCAUGCUCAACUUAGUUCUCGGUGUUCUUAGUGGAGAGUUUGCAAAAGAGAGAGAAAGGGUAGAGAACCGGCAAGCCUUUCUCAAGAUUCGGAGGCAGCAGCAGCUAGAGAGGGAGUUGGACGGCUACGUCGAGUGGAUAUGCAAAGCAGAGGAAGUGAUUCUGGCGGAGGAGAGAACGACUGAAGAGGAGAAAAUGCAUAUAAUGGAAGCUCGCAGGCGAGCGGCCAAUAAACGUAAGAAACUAAAGAGUAUGCGCAACAAGAGCACGGACGAGGAGGAGGAAGAAGAGGUGGAGGAUGAAGAGACCCCCGCUGGGAAGGUUAAAUUAAAAGGCUUCGCGAGGGCUUCCUACCUCAAAACGAAGAUUAAGAACAAGGGAGCCUGCAAAGCUUUCUGGAAGGCCGAGAAGCAAUUCAGGUUCUUCAUUCGUCAAGUCGUCAAGACGCAAACUUUCUAUUGGGUUGUGAUCGUGCUUGUGUUCUUAAACACGGUGUGCGUUGCAGUGGAGCACCAUGAUCAAGAUCAAUAUCUCACAUACUUUUUAUAUUAUGCAGAAUUUGCAUUUUUGGGGCUAUUCAUCUUCGAGAUGUUAAUCAAGGUGUAUGCUCUUGGACCACGCAUUUAUUUUGAAUCGUCUUUCAACAGAUUCGACUGUGUAGUUAUAGCGGGUAGCAUCUUUGAAGUGGUCUGGUCCAGCCUCAAGGAAGGCUCGUUCGGACUGUCUGUUCUUCGGGCCCUUCGGCUGCUGCGUAUAUUCAAGUUUACCAAGUACUGGUCUUCGCUACGGAACCUGGUGAUAUCUUUGCUGAACAGCAUGCGCUCCAUCAUCAGCUUGUUGUUCCUGCUCUUCCUGUUCAUCCUCAUUUUCGCGCUCCUUGGCAUGCAACUCUUCGGCGGCGUAUUUAACUUUCCCGAGGGCACGCCGGCGGCAAAUUUCAACACUUUUCCAAUUGCCUUGCUCACAGUGUUUCAGAUAUUAACGGGGGAGGACUGGAACGAGGUCAUGUAUAAUGGCAUUCAGUCCCAAGAUGGAAUUCACGGUGGGAUGAUCUACAGCCUUUACUUCAUUAUUCUCGUCCUUUUUGGCAACUAUACCCUGUUGAACGUAUUCUUGGCCAUCGCUGUGGACAACCUGGCAAAUGCCCAGGAAUUGACAGCAGCCGAGGAGGAAGACGCAGAGGAGGAGAAGGAGAGAGCUAAGGAGGAGCUGGAGAAGGAAAUUGCUGAUCUGCAAAUGGCAACAACGGGUAGUUUAGAUCCACCGCAAGUAAACAUCUGCCCGCCGUCGCCUCAGAGCGGCGCGCCGGGCAAAGGGAAAACUUUCCCAUUUCAAGAAAAUCAGUUAGAAGCUGGAUCUAAAUUCAAGGGAACCAAUGACAAUAACAACAUUGAUGUUGAUGAAGAUUAUGCACCUCCUAGAGAGGAUGACGAUGAAGACGAUAUAACUGGUCCAAAGCCAAUGAUGCCGUACUCUUGCAUGUUCGUCUGUUCUCCGACAAAUCCGAUCCGACGAGCCGCCCAUUUCAUUGUUAAUCUUCGUUACUUCGAGUUGUUCAUCAUGAUCACCAUAACGCUUAGUAGCAUUGCCUUAGCCGCAGAAGACCCAGUGGAGGAAGACUCGACAAAGAAUAGAAUCUUGAACUACUUCGACUAUGCGUUUACGGGGGUGUUCACUGUCGAGAUGCUUCUAAAGAUCGCCGAUCAGGGCGUCAUCUUUCAUCCAGGAGCCUACUGCAGAGACUCCUGGAACAUUUUAGAUGCCAUUGUUGUCAUUUGCGCACUCAUUGCCUUCGCAUUUGCGGGAAGCUCCACAGGUCAGAACCUUAGCACCAUCAAAUCACUGAGGGUUCUACGAGUCUUGCGGCCACUAAAAACUAUUAAACGCGUCCCCAAGCUAAAGGCCGUGUUCGACUGCGUAGUCACAUCCCUCAAGAAUGUGUUCAACAUACUCAUCGUGUACAUUUUGUUCCAAUUUAUCUUUGCUGUGAUAUCCGUUCAACUAUUCAAUGGCAAGUUUCACUAUUGCACUGACGCAUCCAAGCUCACGCAAAGUGAAUGCAAGGGAGAAUACUACGUGUUCAGCGACGCGGACAAGCCACCUAGGGUGGAGCGGCGUCAGUGGAAGCACCAGCCUUUUCAUUACGACAACGUGAUGGCGGCCAUGCUGACCUUAUUCACCGUGCAGACGGGCGAGGGCUGGCCACAAGUGCUUCAGAACUCGAUGGACUCCACGGACGAGGGCAAGGGGCCCCUGCCUAGAUACCGAAUUGAGAUGUCCAUUUUCUACGUCGUCUUCUUCAUCGUGUUCCCUUUCUUCUUUGUAAAUAUCUUCGUAGCGCUCAUCAUCAUCACUUUUCAAGAGCAGGGUGAGAAAGAGCUCGAAGAAGGCGAGCUUGACAAAAACCAGAAAUCCUGUAUAGAUUUUGCCAUUCAAGCCAAGCCACUGCAGAGGUAUAUGCCAAAGAACAAAGACAGUUUUAAAUACAAAGUGUGGAAGAUAGUCGUUUCAACUCCCUUUGAAUACUUUAUCAUGGUAUUAAUUGUGCUCAACACCGUUCUGCUCAUGAUGAAGUUUUACAAUCAAAGCAAGACGCUGAAGAACACGCUCCACUACAUGAACGCUGCCUUCACCGCGCUUUUCACGAUUGAAUGCGUUCUCAAGGUGGCCGCAUUCGGAGUCCGGAACUUCUUCAAGAAUCCAUGGCAUACUUUUGAUUUCAUCACCGUUAUCGGAAGCAUCAUCGAUGUUCUAGUCAUGGAGACGGGGCUGAAUUUUUUCAGUGUGGGGUUCUUAAGGCUAUUUCGAGCAGCCCGCCUGAUCAAGCUUCUCAGGCAAGGCUACACCAUACGAAUUCUCCUUUGGACGUUUAUUCAGUCUUUCAAAGCUUUGCCUUACGUUUGCUUGCUCAUAGCGAUGCUAUUCUUCAUCUACGCCAUAAUCGGCAUGCAGGUCUUUGGAAAUAUUAUGCUGGCGUCGGACAGUCAAAUAACGAGGCACAAUAACUUCCGAACUUUCUUUCAAGGUCUAAUGCUUCUGUUCAGAUGCGCCACUGGUGAAGCGUGGCAAGCUAUCAUGAUGGCUUGCGUAAAGGGUCGCCCCUGUGACCCUCUUUCCAAGAAGGAGAAACCUGAGUGCGGCAGCAACAUGGCCUACGCCUACUUUGUCAGCUUCAUCUUCUUCUGCUCUUUCUUGAUGCUCAACCUGUUCGUCGCCGUCAUUAUGGACAAUUUCGACUACCUGACGCGCGACUCAUCCAUUCUCGGGGCCCACCAUUUAGACGAGUUUAUACGGGUCUGGGCCGAGUAUGACCCGAACGCCACGGGCUAUAUUCACUAUACGGAAAUGUAUGACAUGUUGCGUAACAUGGACCCUCCCCUGGGUUUCGGGAACAAGUGCCCUUACCGACUGGCCUACAAGAAACUUAUUCGUAUGAACAUGCCUGUGACUGAAGAAGGAAAAGUGAACUUCAGCACUACAUUGUUUGCACUCAUUCGAGAAAAUCUGAGCAUCAAAAUGAGACCAGCAGAGGAAAUGGACCAGGCAGACAAAGAGCUCAAGGAUACCAUCCGCAAGUUGUGGCCGCUGCACGCGCGCAAGGUCACGGACAAAUUCAUGCCGCCUGAUUCCGAAUUGGGAGCAGGCAAGCUAACUGUCGGAAAAAUCUAUGGUGGUCUCCUUAUUCUCGAAAACUGGAGAACCACAAGAUUCGGACAGGCUCCCGGAGCAGGGAGUCUAACGGAAAAGGCGAGUCCGCCAUCGCCGCCAGAUUCUCCGCGACCGUCCCUGCUCCAGCGCUUGAUGGGCGCCGUGCGCAACUCCAACACCCGAGCCAGCCACGGCAGCCUGAACCAGGACGAGGUACACCUGGACGACGGACACCUACAGCCGCCUUCCAGGCACGGGUCGCUGCACCGAUCGAGCCUCAGCAUGGAGCGCAAUGGCCAGUCAUCGGAGAAGCCGUGGCAGCGGUCCCUGAGCUUCCUUCGUCGGGGUAGCAGCCGGCGGCACCGGCCCCAGGCGGGGCCCCCGCCGCUGCCGCCCACCGCCCCGCCGCCGGCCACCGAGAAGGUGGGCGCCGGCCCUGCGGGCGCCGGCUUGCCUGCCGCCGUUGCACGUUGCAUGCGCCGCACCUGCACGCCUCCCGGGGGGGCCUCAGCCGCGCCGCCGCCGACGCCCCCAGGGCAGCACCCGCCGCACUGUGCACGCGAGCGCGAACUGCCGCCGCGCGAGCCCCCGCGCCUGACGCUGCGGCGCCGCGCGCAGGGCGACCGGCCGCCGGCCCGCCUGAGGCCAGACUCCAUCGCCCUGGGGCCGUCGCCGCAAGGGAGCCGCUGUGCGUCGCCGCUGCGCCGGUCACCGUCGCCGCGACGGUCGGCCGCGGGGUUCUCGGACGCUGUCAGCGACCUGGUCGACAAGGUCAAGUACGAGACAAGUCGCCGGGGCCGAGCCAGAGCGCGGCUCCACGGCGACGAGUUCCUGCGGGACUCGCCCCUGCGCGGCCGCCGCGGGUCGGCGGAGUACCGCAGCAGCACGUGGCUGGGCCAGCGGUCGCGCAGCCCUUCGCCCAGCCGCGCGGGCGCCGGGGCCGAGCGCCACUACGGUGGCGCGCGGUCCGCGAGUCCCGCGGCCUCGGCGCAGAGCCUGCCGGCCCAGCGGCGCCGGCUGCCGCCAACACCGGCCAAACCGUCGCGGCUACGGCUCGACGCACGAUCCAUGGAGGCCGGCAUCAACUUCCCCAGCGUGUCGCAGUCGCCCACGCUGCCGGGCGCCCGCUCGCCGGCCGCCAUCAACUUCCCCAAAGUGAACGCCUCGCCAACCCACUGCCCCCGACAGCUGCCCUCGCCGCUGCUGCCCAACGGCUACAAGCCGCGCCGCACGCCGCGCCGCCGGCGCAGUGGCGACAUCGACGACGACGACUGGUGCUAGCCGCCGCCGCCCGUUGUCGCCGCCGCGCACCUCCCGAUGCAACAAAAAUAUCGCCGCCGAGAUAUAAGAAAAUAAGAAAAAAAAAGAAAAAAAAGUUUUAUUACCUGAACGAAAACGAAAAAAAAUCUACUGCGCAAAUAAACUAAACAAGUUACAUAUAA